UCAUUAAGGAUGAAUUAAAGGAACAUAGCUACAAUCUUGAGAAGUUACUCAAAUGGGUGUCAGCUGUAGAGAUAAGCCUUGGAUCUGAACAACCAUUGAAAGAAGAGCCUAGACAACUCAAUAAACAGGUUAAAUCAAACAAGGUUAUUGCAGCUGAUGUUGUUGACCACAAGAAACCAGUGACUGAUGCCCUCAGUGGUGCUGAUAUAUUCUUGGCAACAUACGGUGACAAAGUGGAUGACGUUGAGGCUGAGAAACUCAGACGUGAUCACACUGAUCUGACAAAGCGUUACGAGAAAGUGGCAGAUGAAACUGAUGACAGAAACAGUAACCUUGACGAUUCAAAGAAGACACUAGACUUGUUCACUAAGAAGGUGUCAUCAUUUGAGACAUGGUUGGUUCCUUCAGAGAGAACACUGAAGAAAUUACAAGAUGGUGUCCCCAAGGACCCUUCAAAACUGAAAGAACAAGAAAAGACAGCAAAGAAAUUUGCUGCUGAUGUUGCGGAUCACAAAGAGGAACUUGAUGACACUAAUGAGACUGGACAACAUUUUAUUGAUGAGGCAAAGGAAUUCAAAGACAUGAUCACAGAGUUCCGAACAACUGUGCUACCCAGAAAGUUCAACAGAGAAUACAAAGAGGAGCCAGAACUAGAAACUGUGAAAAAUAAAAUAACUGAGAUUACAACACGAUAUGAGAAACUGACGGUAGAAUUCACCAAACAUAUUGAGACACUUCAUGUUAUUAUCAUGAAACACACUACAUUGGAACCAACAACAGUUGGUGUGAAAUCAGUUGUGGAUGAUAGGGAAAAGGCUGCGGAUGAUAGAGAAAAGAAACUCAUUAAGGAUGAAUUAAAGGAACAUAGCUACAAUCUUGAGAAGUUACUCAAAUGGGUGUCAGCUGUAGAGAUAAGCCUUGGAUCUGAACAACCAUUGAAAGAAGAGCCUAGACAACUCAAUAAACAGGUUAAAUCAAACAAGGUUAUUGCAGCUGAUGUUGAUGACCACAAGAAACCAGUGACUGAUGCCCUCAGUGGUGCUGAUAUAUUCCUUGCAACAUACGGUGACAAAGUGGAUGAUGUCGAGGCUGAGAAACUCAGACGUGAUCACGCUGAUCUGACAAAGCGUUACAAGAAAGUGGCAGAUGAAACUGAUGACAGAAACAGUAACCUUGACGAUUCGAAGAAGACACUUGACUUGUUCACUAAGAAGGUGUCAUCAUUUGAGACAUGGUUGGUUCCUUCAGAGAGGACACUGAAGAAAUUACAAGAUGGUGUCCCCAAGGACCCUUCAAAACUGAAAGAACAAGAAAAGACAGCAAAGAAAUUUGCUGCUGAUGUUGCGGAUCACAAAGAGGAACUUGAUGACACUAAUGAGACUGGACAACAUUUUAUUGAUGAGGCAAAGGAAUUCAAAGACAUGAUCACAGAGUUCCGAACAACUGUGCUACCCAGAAAGUUCAACAGAGAAUACAAAGAGGAGCCAGAACUAGAAACUGUGAAAAAUAAAAUGACUGAGAUUACAACACGAUAUGAGAAACUGACGAUAGAAUUCACCAAACAUAUUGAGACACUUCAUGUUAUUAUCAUGAAACACACUACAUUGGAACCAACAACAGUUGGUGUGAAAUCAGUUGUGGAUGAUAGGGAAAAGGCUGAGGAUGAUAGAGAAAAGAAACUCAUUAAGGAUGAAUUAAAGGAACAUAGCUACAAUCUUGAGAAGUUACUCAAAUGGGUGUCAGCUGUCGAGAUAAGCCUUGGAUCUGAACAACCAUUGAAAGAAGAGCCUAGACAACUCAAUAAACAGGUUAAAUCAAACAAGGUUAUUGCAGCUGAUGUUGAUGACCACAAGAAACCAGUGACUGAUGCCCUCAGUGGUGCUGAUAUAUUCCUUGCAACAUACGGUGACAAAGUGGAUGAUGUCGAGGCUGAGAAACUCAGACGUGAUCACGCUGAUCUGACAAAGCGUUACAAGAAAGUGGCAGAUGAAACUGAUGACAGAAACAGUAACCUUGACGAUUCGAAGAAGACACUUGACUUGUUCACUAAGAAGGUGUCAUCAUUUGAGACAUGGUUGGUUCCUUCAGAGAGGACACUGAAGAAAUUACAAGAUGGUGUCCCCAAGGACCCUUCAAAACUGAAAGAACAAGAAAAGACAGCAAAGAAAUUUGCUGCUGAUGUUGCGGAUCACAAAGAGGAACUUGAUGACACUAAUGAGACUGGACAACAUUUUAUUGAUGAGGCAAAGGAAUUCAAAGACAUGAUCACAGAGUUCCGAACAACUGUGCUACCCAGAAAGUUCAACAGAGAAUACAAAGAGGAGCCAGAACUAGAAACUGUGAAAAAUAAAAUGACUGAGAUUACAACACGAUAUGAGAAACUGACGAUAGAAUUCACCAAACAUAUUGAGACACUUCAUGUUAUUAUCAUGAAACACACUACAUUGGAACCAACAACAGUUGGUGUGAAAUCAGUUGUGGAUGAUAGGGAAAAGGCUGAGGAUGAUAGAGAAAAGGGGAGA